UAGAAUGUUUAAAAGUAUUCUGGAAGCCGUAUAACCUUAACCAGUGAAUAUUUUAUCUUCUUUAUUUAGUAAACUAUUCAAGUUUCUAGAUUAAGAAAUAGCAAGUGUUUAAUACUUUUUAUACACGGUGGGCGGUUAUACGUCAAACUUGGUAAUUUCAUGAGGGUGCAGCCUCACAUCGGGUAUUCGGCUGCCUACUCAUGUGAGCAAUAACGUCCGCGUUUGAUUUAUAUACAUGUAGGUGUAUUGGAUAUUCACACCUUCAACAGAAACACAUUUAUCAACGGACGGAAAACUUGGAGCCGUGAUUCUGUUAAUAAACAGAAGUGAAAUUACAAUCUCUGUGAAAGCACUAUAAUUAUUGAAGUUAUACAGGUGAACAAAUGAUUUGAAAAAUAAACAAAAGAAAAUUACAACAACAGAAAGAAAAUUAUAUCGAAGACCACAUUUCUAUAAUGGAUAUACUUCGCAUAAGAGAUGAAAAUGCUGACCAUGCUAAUAGAGAAAUGGUUGUGUUGACUUCUGCAGAAAUGUUUUCUUUGCUUUAUUUUCUAUACCUAAAAUUUCGCGGGACUUACGACAAGAGGCUUGUUCAAAAAAAACACUCUAUAGUAGAAUAUUUCUUUGAAGCAUUUAUGAAAAAUGUUUACUUUGCUUUACGAAUGGAUGAUGAACUGGACGAAAUAUUCGAUUUAGUUCUGGCAGGUAGCGCGGCAGAAGGUACUUUUAAUAGCAAAAGUGAUGUUGACAUUAUGCUUGUUUGGAAAUGUUUAAAGUGUUGUGAGCCUAGCUGCACUGAGAUAUACAACCGGAAAAGGAAAGGUGUAUUUAUCGCAGACAGAGUAAAUGCUUCUCCUGGAUAUUCGCUUUUGUUAGGGUAUAACUCGUCGUUUCCUGGUGUCACUGACAAUAAGAUCAGAAAGGUGAAUUUGCAAACAUGUGGUGAAUUCCAAAAAGCAAUUUCAAAUAGAUAUUUCAAAAGAAUGUUUAUAAUAUAUCUGAAGAUUUUUCUUCGUAAUAUCUGUGAAGAUACGUUUUUAGAAAAGCCGGUACAACAACUGCUAGAAUCUGGACCAGCAAUUAACCUUGAAAUUUACUUGCGGAAACUUUCUCGGUUUCUGUCAUUUGAUAGAGUUUUUGCUAUACCAUACGAAGACAGAACUCUUCUAAAGUCUUGGGUAGAACGAAAAAGGCGCUACGGAUGGCCCUCGCAAGAACUGAUUUCAGAAAUUUCAAAAAUGCCUUGUCAUUUGGUUCCUGUCGGGCGGAAGGGCAGUCAGCUUGAGGAAUACGAAUGGAGAAUUUGCUACAUUUUUGCGGAGAGACAAUUGAUGCGUUCUCUGAAUGAAGUGCAGCUGAUGUUGUAUCAGAGCAUCAAAGUUCAGUGCAAAAGUAAUGUCAAAUGUGUGUCAUCUUAUAUAAUAAAAAACUUGAUUCUAUGGUUAGCAGAAACAUUGCCUCAACAUUGCUUUCAAGAAAAGUAUUAUUUUGCUCUCGAAUAUGCCACAAUGGCGGCUUUAGUAUGGUGUGUAAAGAACGGCAAACUUCCAUGCUACAUGAUUCCUGAAAGAAACUUAAUUGCUGAUAAACUUACAGGAAGUGAAAAACAAACUAUUCUAAAGCAAUUACGUGAAUAUUUACCAAACUAUCGUUACUGUCCAUUUUCUGCGUCUUCGAAGAAAAUUGGAUGCACUAUAUUGACCACUGAACUACUGAAUAUUUGUGAAAACUUGAAGGAAAGUGAAAGGGUACUCUUCUUAAAACAGUACCAGAACACAAUCAAAACACGUUUAAAAAUGAAAUAUUCUGUUUUAAAAUACAGCAGUAUUUUAAAUAACCCAGGCUUUACGCUUCUCAUCUAUUCGUUUAGGCUAUGCCAUAUGACUGGGUCACGACUUCCAGAUGUCUUUGUUGGACUUCUUGCUGGUUGUAUAAAGGUAUACGCAAAACAAUUUGCAAGGACUAUGUUAAAAGGGAUAUAUGAUCACAUUACUUCGCGGUUGUAUGGAUGUAUAAAAAAUACCACAGUGCGUGUUAGAAGGAAAGUUCCGGUAACUGCAAUCGAAGUUAGUUUGGCGGUAAUUUCAUUCUGGCUACAUAUUACAACGAUAUGAGAUUUUAAAAGAUAUAAUGUGAAAUCAUUAAUAUUCGUGGGGGACUAAUUUUCGUGGAUUUCGUGGUUGAGUCAAUCCACGAAAUUUAAUCCCAACGAACAAGUAAAAUUCCCAUUCAUUUUAUGUUCAAAAGUUGAAAUCCACGAAUUUAUAUCCCCACGAAACUGCCGUUUUGACCAAAACCGAGAAAUUUCAUGCCCACGAAAUUAAAUGAUUUUACAGUAUCUGAUUUUUGGUCAGUUGUUCUAACUGUGAUGUAACGUAUGUUACAAGAAAAUAAACAUUGAAUUAUAAAACUGAAAGAAAAAAAGAAGAUAUGACAAACAUAUCACAUGUUGAAUUAUAAAGCAGAAAGAAAAAAAGGAGAUAUGACAAACAUAUCACAUGUCUUAUAUCAACAUGCACGUUUAAAUCUUAUCCAAACUUGUUUUGUUUUUCUCUGGACACCUAGUAUCUCCAUUUCCGGACAAUUCUUCCUUUUCUCAAUGUGUGGUUCACUAUAGCCGCUACACAUUUUUCCGCAAAAUUGAAAUGUCGGUGUAAAUGUCAUCAUUUUAUUUAGUGUGUGCUAUUGCAUAUUUUAACAUUGUUUAUCCGAGAAUUUUCCUUUUUCAAGAAGGAUAUGCUUUGUUCGCACUGCAAUUAUUAUAUUGUUUACUUCUGGGGAUCAGUGAAAUUUAUAUGGUUGUACUACAAAGAUGUUUGAUAUUACAAGUUAUGAAAUAUAUGAUCAGUCAUAGAUA